CAGAUCCAGGGAAACAUGCCGCACAUGUUAUCACUGGGUGUCGGAGACUGGGAGCAUUUGUGUGUGUGCUGCGUGUGUGACUAGGAGCACAUAUGGCUGGAACAGUCGGAGAUGGAACUCGGAACUCCCACAUGACAAGGCAGAUAAAAAUAAAGAGAGAUUACGCACUGUAGCCCAACACUGACAUACACUGUCUGCCUUGCACACCACUGUACGUGGGUUUAUGUGUAAAUACGUUCAGUUAUCAACAGGAAUUAUGCCCUUUUUGGUCAGUGGUUCAUUCAGCAGAAAUUAUUUCCCAGUAAAAACAACUUUUUUUGUUGAACAAAAACACAGAAUAUUCUUUAAUGCAAUGAUAUGUACAUAAUAUGUGUAAGCCACAACAUUGCUGUGAUUUUGAAUUGCCUGUUGGUAAGAAGGCUACACUUGCCGUCGAUUAUGUAUUCAAUAAUUCCGCUUUAAUGACACUGUUUAUUGGUUCCCGAUCCAGCGUGGCGAUACGAAGGCGUACUCCAUGUCAUGUUUUCCUUCGCGCCGUCAGGCUACUCACAGCCUCUAGCUGGUUUUUACUCAACUCUUGUCCCGAUAUCACUCCGCUGGCAUGGAGGAGGAGAGGUCUUCUUGAUUAUUGUGAUGGUGGCAGCGAACAGCUACUAGCGACCAGCCAAUAGAUCACCGCACGGCUGCGUCUUCAGGAUUUCCCUAUCGCAGGGGGACAUGGUUCCCCACGACUAGCAGCUACUCUUCUUCAUGUCCAGCACGGAUAUUUUUACCAACCAAACCAAUGAGAUGCAGCAAGUUCACGGAGCAACUCCGGAGCCCGUUCGGUUCAAACAGCAAAACUUUUUCUCAAAGGACAACACAAUAAAACAACGGCAAGCUCACGGCAGCGUUGGUCUGUUGUGUGCUUGAGUGGAGUUGGAGUCGGUAGUGAUGAUCGCCUGUGAUAUCCGGUGGUUUCCUAUGGAGUUAUUAUCUUUACUAUAGGUCUGGACACGGUUGUGUUGAAUCACCGACCGACCAGCCGGCUAGCUCGGUUCUUGAAGCCUGCGCGUUGGGCUCCGGUAUAUUGUUAUCGGGUGUUUUCAGGAACGGACAGGGUGAUAUUUGAAAACAGUUUUGAAUGGUGGAGCCGAAGCCGCGUCCUGUCCCGAAACAGGGAAGAAGAAUCAACAUCAGCUAUCACCGUUUGUUUAUGUUUAGUGUCCUUCCUUGCGGUCAUUUGAAUCCCCGCCGUCUUGCUUCUGAUUUAGCCUGAUUAGCUAACUACCAUCAGCCCCCUUGCCUGGACAUUUUUGCCUAGAAGCCGGAGAGUCUACUCGGGGGCUGGAGGAGGAAGAAAAGUUAUCCCAAAAUACCAGCCUCUCGGCUAAAUGAUGGGGGACUUUGCAACCCCCGCUGCCGCUAACGGCAGUAGCAUUUGCAUCAACAACAAUGCCAUGGCAAGCGGCAUGAACCCGAGUGGAAACCCCAACAACGUGGGCAUUCCGAAACACAGCACCGUAGUGGAGAGGCUACGGCAGCGGAUAGAAGGUUGCAGGCGGCACCAUGUCAACUGUGAAAACCGUUACCAGCAAGCCCACGCGGAGCAGCUGGAGAUUGAACGGAGGGAGACCGUCAAUCUCUAUCAGCGGAGCUUGGAACAGAGGGCGAAGAAAUCUGCUAACAGCAAGCAGCAAAGUAAACAGCAAGACCCCGAUUCUGCUGUUUCGACCGAGCAGAGAAACAACACACUCAUAGCGCUCCAGGAGACCGUGAAGAGGAAACUGGACAGUGCACGCUCGCCCCUCAAUGGCGACCAGAACGGGAUGUGUGACGGUAGCUACUCGCCGACCACCAAGAGGUUACGGAAAGACGGGCCCGGUCCGGGAGGACUGGACUCCCUCGCCGGCCUCAACAACGUCCCCCCCAUCUCCCCACUGCACCCGAUGGACAUCAAACCCUUACUGGGAGGCGGGAACCUCAACAACCCGAACAUGAACAGCAACAACAUCGGCAACGCCGGUAACGGCAACCACGUGGGCGGCGCCGUGAGCUCGGGUCGCCCGGGUGAUCUCAAGCUCAACGGCGACCUCGCGGACAUCAAGCUCAACGGCUCCCUCGACCUGGAGGAUGGCUUCGGCCUCCUGAAAGACCUCAAACAGGAGCCCCUUGACGACGGGGGCGGGAUCGAGUCGUCGGACACGUCCCUGUCCAAUCAGAACAAGCUGUUCUCCGACAUCAACCUGAACGACCAGGAGUGGCAGGAGCUGAUAGAUGAGCUGGCCAAUACAGUGCCCGAGGACGACAUGCACGACCUGUUCAACGAGGACUUUGAGGAGAAAAAGGAGGCGGAGUUCACCAGGCCAGCCAAUCAGACGCCAGUACCGCAAGACCCUCCUGCUGCGGCCGUGGCCCAUCCGGUGACCAACCAAUCGCAAGGGGCAUCACAGGUCCCUAUGGGAUCCCCACAGGUGCGGCCGUCGUCGUCCGGCCCUCAGUUUGCCACCGCCGCCAACGGAACGCCGCCUCAGCAGCCUCUGCAGCAGUCCCCUCAGGUCGCCAUGGCAUCGGGCUCCCCUCUGCCCAACUGCAUCGCCCGAUCACCUCAGACGCCGACCCAGGCUCAGACGCAGGUCGGACCGCGACCUGGGAACGGAUUUAUGAUGAACCCUGGCCAGGGGGUGGGCCAGGCGGGAUCAGGUCCGACCGGCCCCGGCCUCCCCCCUGGAGGUCAAGGGCCCGGGCCGGUGACCUCUGACCUGUCGCCCGCCGAGCAAUUGAAAGCGAUGGCUGCCCAGCAGCGCGCUAAGCUAAUGCAGCAGAAACAACAGCAGCAGCAAGCCAACUGGUCACCCGCCGGGGCUCCCACCAGCCCGUACGGCUCAGGUCCCUUCAGCCAGCAGGACAAACCCAGCAGCCCUAUGAUGUACCCGCCACAGGCGUUCAACCCCGGGCCACAGGGCCCCCUAGGGGCCGGGAUGACCCCGAACAAUGGCUCCAAAGCAGGGGCCAUGAACAACUACCUCCCACAGAACCCCCACAAUCACAUGGGCAUGAUGAGCCAGCAGCAGCAGACGACCAACAUGGCCGCCCUCUCCAAACAGCAGCAGACGGCGGCCAUGUUGUCCUACAACAACACCAAGCCACUGAGUCACUUCAGCGCCAUGGGCGUCGACCACAUGGGGCAGAGGAUGACACCGCCCAUGGGGUCACAGGUCAAGAACCCCAUGAUGCCGCCAUACAUGCAGCAGGGGGGUGGAGGGGUGCAGGGGGCGGGGCCAGGCCAGACCCAGGGACCAAUCCCGGGGCAGACGGCCCACCUCAGCGAAGAGCAGAAGAGGAUGAUGCUAAUGAAGCAGAAGGUGCUGAACCAGAGCAUGCCUUACGGCGCCAUGCAGCCUCACGGACAGGAACAAGGUGUGGUGGGAAUGUCGCGGCAACCUGGCGCCGUCCCGCCCUCUCACCCGGGUGGGGGUGUGGCCUCGGGUGUGGGGCCUAAUCAGGGCGCGGGGGCCCCUCCUGGUUACCUGGGCAACCAGCAGCAGGCUGCCAUGAUGAAACAAAUGAUGGUGCUGGAGCAGGAGAAGAGGGUCCAGCUACACAUGAUGGAACAACAACAGCAGCAGCUGCUCCGAGAGCAGAGACAGCAACAUCUACUAGCCGAACAGCUCCAGCAGCAGCAACAGCAGCAACAUCUGCCUAGACAGAUGGUCCAGGGUCAGAGAAACCCAUACCCACAGGUCAGCCAGUAUCAAGGCACUCCCCAGGAGAUGGCGGCGAGGAGCCAGGCCCUCCAGAACAUUCGAGCCGCCCGGCUCCUCCAGCAGCAGCAGAACCAACAGAACCACCAGAUGGUCCAGAUGAACCAGGGCGUGCCGGGAGGCUCGGUGGGCCCGCAACCUGACAUGGGCCUUCCAUACGGCGGGCAGGGAGCCGGCCAGCAGUCCCUGUACGGCCUCAACCCCUCCAUGAGCCAAAUGAUGCAGCAGCAGCAGAACCAAAGCGUCCAGGCCUCCAUGGGUCUGCCGCCGGGACACAACCCGGCUGGCCACGCCCAGAGGCAGGCCGGGGCCGGCCAGGGGGUCGGCGGUACCGGGGCAUACGGAGGACCCCAGGGGAUGAUGAUGAACUCCAUGUCCCAGCAAACACUCAAAGGUCCGCCCAGCACCAAAGCCCAGGCCCAGCGGCUACAAGGCAUGCUGGGAGGUGGAGGAGGGCCGGGAGGCGGCGGGCCACAGGGGGGGAUGGGUGGGUGGCCACCCCAGCAGGGCAUGGGAGGUGGGCCAGGAGGCCCCGGCAGGACUACAGGAGACAUGGUGGGCUUUGGAUCAGCCCAGGGGGGCUACGGCCCCAUGCAGGGGGGGGCGGGCCAGCAGCCUCCACGCCUGGCCAAGCAGCACUUCCCCGGGCACCCCCAGGGUCACCCGCACCCACAGACUAUGAACCAGCCCAUGGACCCGAGAGCCAUGAACCCCGCGGCGGGCAUGGCCGGGCCCAUGAUGGCGGGGCCCCACAUGACGGGGCCGGGCCAGCCCAGGACCAACCAGCCCAGGCCCAUGGUGAUGCCCGGGCAGGGGGUGAUGGGUCAGGGGGGACCCAGCAUGGGGACCUUUGGGCAGGGGCCGGGCGGGCCAGCAAUGGGGGUGGGCCCCGGGGGCGGGGGGGGGUAUGUCGGACAGGGGGUCGGAGUUCAACCGCAGGGCUACCAGAGAACGUCUAGUCAAGACAUGUCAUCUUAUGGAUAUGGCGGCGGGCAGGGGGCGCCAUCGGGCGGGGGAUUCGGAUUGGCCGACGGGACGGGGGCGGACUUGGACUCAAGCGACGGCUGGAUGGAGGAGUUCUUCCCCAACCAAUAG